AUGAGUGUUCGCCCUUGGUCUACGCGGAUCAGGGCCCAGCUAACGCGUGAAACACUCCGCCUGGGGAUGAAACACUGGUUGGUUGAAUUAAAUUCAUUACUGCGACCAUCACGUGCUACUCCCUCUCAUCUUCAUGCUACUCUCCAUUGUCUUGGUAUGGCUCCAACUCCUUUGACAACUAAGGCUCCUCUCCUUGUUCCUUGGUAUCGUCCCCCUUGUGAUAUUCUUAAAUUUAACAUUGAUGGUGCUAGAUGUGGCAAUCCUGGUAGAGCUGGCUAUGGUGGGGCAACUUUAGUUUUGUUUUCGGCAAGACACAUUUCAGGAAUUGUUGUGAAUAUUGGUUUCCAUCAAACUUCUGUUGUACCAAUAAAGAUUUUUGAGAUUAUACAGAAAAGGAGGCUUCAUGUUAAUACUUUAUCUGAUUCUCUUCCUGAUCCUGCAUUACCAGAUGCUAUCUGCAAGGAUUUGCAUUUUAUUUAUUUGGGACAAAAUACGUUUUCUGGGAAUUUUCCAGAGUUCAUUACUAGGUUUCAUGGGUUUAAAGAGCUUGAUCUUGGGAAUAAUAUGUUUUCUGGUCCAAUACCAGAGAGUAUUACUGGGCUAAAAUUGGAAAAACUGAAUCUUUCACACAACAAUUUUAGUGGGG